AGUCCUCGCUGGUCCUGGGCUUCGCGCGGCUUUUCGCAACUCUCGGACACGGGAGAGGCCGCUGGACUCGGCGCUCCGGCGCUAAACUUCUUGCGUAGCUGGGUGAAGCGAGGUGGGGCUGUGAGCCGGGUCCCACCAUGGCCGCCAAUGUGAGUGCCUCCGGGGCCGCCGGGCCCCACCCAGACUUCCCUCCUUCCCGAAGGGCUGCUCAGUAUUCCAGUACAAGUAACAGGAGAGAACAUGUCAAAAUUACAACAGCUCCCCAGCCAGGCUUCCUGGAGAGGCUGAGUGAGACCUCGGGUGGGAUGUUUGUGGGACUCAUGACCUUCCUGCUCUCCUUCUACUUAAUUUUCAUCAAUGAGGGUCGUGCAUUGAAGACAGCUACCUCCCUGGCUGAGGGGCUGUCACUUGUGGUGUCCCCCGACAGCAUCCACAGCGUGGCUCCAGAGAACGAAGGGAGGCUGGUACACAUCAUUGGGGCCCUGCGGACAUCCAAGCUCUUGUCUGAUCCAAACUAUGGAGUCCACCUUCCAGCUGUGAAGUUACGGCGGCACGUGGAGAUGUACCAGUGGGUGGAGACCGAGGAGUCCAGGGAGCACACCGAGGACGGGCAGGUGAAGACAGAGAGGAGGUACUCCUACAACACUGAGUGGAGGUCAGAAAUCAUCAACAGCAGGAACUUUGACCGCGAGAUUGGCCACAAAAACCCCAGCGCCAUGGCAGUGGAGUCAUUCACAGCAACAGCCCCCUUCGUCCAAAUUGGGAGAUUUUUCCUUUCAGCAGGCCUCAUUGACAAAGUUGACAACUUCAAGCCAUUGAGCCUGUCCAAGCUGGAGGACCCGCAUGUGGACAUAAUUCGCCGGGGAGACUAUUUCUACCACAGUGAAAACCCCAAGUAUCCUGAGGUCGGAGAUCUGCGCGUCUCCUUUUCCUAUGCGGGGCUGAGCGGCGAUGACCCUGACCUGGGCCCAGCUCACGUGGUCACUGUGAUUGCCCGGCAGCGGGGUGACCAGCUUGUCCCAUACUCCACCAAAUCCGGCGACACUCUGCUUCUCCUGCACCACGGGGACUUCUCUGCAGAGGAGGUGUUCCGUAGAGAACAAAAGAGUAACUCCCUGAAGAUGUGGGGCCUGCGGGCCGCCGGCUGGAUGGCCAUGUUUAUGGGCCUCAACCUCAUGACGCGGAUCCUCUAUACCUUGGUGGACUGGUUCCCCAUCUUCCGAGACCUGGUCAACAUUGGCCUAAAAGCCUUUGCCUUCUGCGUGGCCACAUCACUGACCUUGCUGACCGUGGCUGCAGGCUGGCUUUGCUACCGGCCAUGGUGGGCCCUCUUCAUCGGCGGCCUAGCCCUGGUGCCCAUCCUCAUUGCUCGGACACGGGUGCCGGCCAAAAAGCUGGAGUGAAGCAGGUCCUGGCACCUGCCAGACCCCCAAGCAAGCUCUAGGACCCAGCUUGCUCCCACUUCUGGAAGAGUAUGAGUCCUCUUCAGGUCUGGAUCCUGCCCCAACUCCGCUCUGCAGUGGGCCAGACCUGGCGGCAUGCAUGCACGUCAGGUUUGGUGUCGGUGUCAGCAGUUCACGUCUUCCUGCCCCUUUUCUUGCCAGUGAGUAGCUUUGGGGAGAAAGUGGCAGCUUGACAAGCGUUCUGCUUGUUUCCUUCCCAGCUCUUGGGACUGUGUAGCUGCUUCACGUGUCUCACGUAGUUGAUGGCUGCAGGUGAAGCAGUGAUACUCCAGAGGCCUGCUUUCUUAUCACUUACUGCUGCUCCUCACCGACCACACCCAUGGUCCUAAAGGCCGCUAGUGUCGGGCCCCCAUGAGCAGCCCCAGAGCACUGACAGAUGGAACGCACGCCUGCAUGGCCGGGGCACCGCGGAUAGCCUGCACCUGGAACUUGGUACAACAGGUCACCAUGGUGAAAAUGGACAUUUGUUGGGCUUUCCUCAUGUUCUGUGGUUUGGCAGAAUGUCUAGUAUGGAAGAUCCAGAGGCCCUGCUUGUUAGGUUUCUUUUUGUUCCUUUUUUUCUUCCUGUGUGCUCCCCUACCCUAAGAGGGAGUUGUUUCAAAUAAGAUUUUAAAACAAAAACACCUCCUGAAUGAUUAAUAUGUUUAACUGUUACAGAAAAACACCCUUUAAUCUACAGUUGAAGUUAGUUCAGAGCACAGAGGUGAUUUUUUUUUUAACCAGGUAAGUCACAUGCCCAUUUAACACCGUUGUCGCUGUUCUGAUCACUGGGAAGCUUUAAGAUGCUUUUCAAACAAGUGAUAGCAAAGGGAUUUGUUUUCACUCUGGAGAGGAUGGGAAUCACUACAGGCGAGAGGAGAUUCCCCUCACCCUCUGGCAUCAGAAACUAUCUAUUUACUUGAGGAUGAAUUUGAGUUUUUAGCCACCAUUCCAGGAGCAGCUGGAAGCUUGACUAUCCUAAGUGGGCUCCUUCACAGUGAGCCCCAGUCAGCGCCAACCUGGGGCAGAGGCCUGCCAGCAUGCCCUCAUCUGCCCUGGGUGCUUUCUUCACGGGAGUGCUUUUGACGUUAGCAGCUGGGCCUCCAGCGGCUGCUUCUGAGCAAGUCAUUUUAUCUAAGCAUCCACAGCUCUCCUCCCAACCCGAACCUGCCCACACUUAACUCCACCGCAUUCACCUCUCACACCCUUUGAAAGAUAAAGUACGUUGGAACCUUGAUGUCUUAAAAGAUCCUUUGCAUAUUCAUUAUCUUUUUACUAUUUGGAAAUUGUUCUGCCUUGCUGGGAGUGGUUGCUUUAGCAAGUAUUUGAGUAAGAGGUCAGAACUUCUGAAACUAGAAUAAUCUACUAACCUCUCCUGUCCUGGGAUGUCUGUGAUACAAAUUGAGGGUCUCUGUGUCAAAAACAGCCCCAGAGAUAAUUUAUCUGGCUUUAAAGAUUUAACAGGGGUCAGGACUGCUUAGUAAAUAAGCAAACAGUAUAACUAGAUGAUGGCUAAAUACAAAAUCCUUGGGAUUUGCUUUGUGUAAUUUUUUUCUAGUACACAUUUUAAAUUACUGCCAAUUUCAAUAGUGGUCUUACAAAGCAGAAUGUUUAGAAAUAUUGGAAGUCUUUGGAAAACCACCAUGAAAUUUGUAUUGUGUUUUUGAUAAAAAUUCAAAAUUCAAAAUAAAUUUAAAUAUCUGUUAUAGGACCUUGCUAUUACCUCUUUUUUUUUGCAUUCUUUCUGAAACUUGUAUCUCAAACUCAGCCACAGAAUAAGAACCACAGAAGUUUUACAACUUGGGUCUAGGUAGCUUUGAAUGGCUAAACAAGGUUUCAAUUUUUCUCAAAAGGGCAACUCACUAUUCUUAGCACUUAGAAGCCUUAUUUACCAAAGCCUGCUUUGUUAAAAAAAAAAAUGAGUGACUCACAUUUCACCCAUCUUCCAAAUGUACUAGAAGUGGGAUGGAGCCACAUACGACAGUGUAAAAGGCAUCAUGAGCUCUGUGUGGGCAGAUGAGUUCCAGUCCCAGGUCUUCUGCUGAUGCAAUGCUCUCUGAGCCUCAGCCUCAUCUGUAAAAUGGGCACAGUGCCUUUCUCCCUCAGAGUUGUGGUAAGACCAAAACAGAUGAAGUCCAUGCCUGACAUGUGGCACAUUAACUUUUCAUUCUUCUGCAUCCUGUUCUGAAGCAACAGACUGCUGCUAAUUGUCCACUGAGAAGCUAACAUUUUGAGUACUUUUUGUUACAAGAUUUCAAGCAGGUAAGUGGUACCUUCCCCAAACCUCGUUUCUCAAACCUGAUGUUUCAAUUUCAUUUCCAUAAUGCCUCUCAGGGCUGACAUCUGCCCGAAUAACAAGUUAUUUUUCUGCAGUGACAGGGCAGUAUUCUUGACUCAGUUCCCAGAAAACAAGUUGCUUACCUCUAGAAGAGCGACUCUGGUGCAGGGCAUUUCCAUGGCAACCCCAGUCUGUUUCUCAACAGGCACCUUCCAGCCAGGAUCUUGCUGCAUUAUGAGUCACACCCAAAUGUUCUGUUUCCUUGGAUAAAAGUGACUCAUACUCUAAUGGUUCCUGUCGAAGAUUAAUACCUGCUCGCUUAAACAGAGAAAAUUCCGUAUAUGUGAUGAGUUUCCAGGCUGCAUGAAGAUAAAACCUGAUAUCUAAUGCAGUUUCGACAUGCUUAUGCUUAUGAAUCACUCUGCCAUCCCGGCAUUCUUAGCAAGAAAAUGUGGAACUACUGAAUAUUUUUAGAUAAAUGCUUUAUUUUGUUCUCAAAGUUAUAAAAAUGAUUUCUCCUGAGUAUCUACAGUGCAUAGAGCUUUAUAAAUUUAUCCAGUAAUGAAUAAAAUGUAGUUUAACACU